AGAAAGAAAAGAAAAACCAUGAGAAUUCCUCCAUAGAUAAGUCGAAUCUUUAGCUUUCAUGGCAUCUCUGCCUUCAGUUGUAAUCGGCUACACGAUCAAGCCCGAAUCAGAGUUCAAGAGACGUACCGCUACAUUCCCUUCAAUUGAAAAGAGAAAUUCUAGCUCAAGUUAUUUGGAGAAAGGUUUUGACGCGUUAAGUUUGGACUUGAGAGAAGUUGAAUCUUCAACUUACGUGCCACUUUUACAAAAAUGCGUCGAAAAGAAUUCAUUUCAAGAAGCACAGAUCAUUCAUGGUCACAUUAUAAAAUCUGGGACACAAGAAGAUUUGUUUGUGAUGACAUCUCUGGUGAACGUUUAUGGAAAGUGUGGUGUUAUGGAAGCUGCACGCAAGGUGUUUGAUACAUUGUCUAAAAGAAAUGUUGUGACCUGGACUUCGCUAAUGUCCGGCUAUGUUCAUAACUCACAACCUGAAGCAGCCAUCCAUGUGUUCUUAGAAAUGUUGGAAAACGGUUCGUAUCCCACAAAUUAUACCCUUGGUAUCAUUUUAAACACUUGUUCUCUGUUGUAUGAUGUUAAGUUAGGGAAAGUGGUUCAUGGGUAUGUUAUAAAAUAUGGACUCGAGGGUGACACGAGUGUUGGGAAUGCACUUUGUAACUUGUACUCAAAAUGUGGCGGCAACUUGGAUUCUGCAAUGAGAGCAUUUUGGAGGAUAGGGGAAAGGAAUGUGAUCUCGUGGACGACUAUCGUCUCUGCUUGUGGAGACAAUGGGAAUUCUGCAGCCGGUUUGGAUUUGUUUUCUGCAAUGCUUGAGGAGGGAAUUGAGCCAAACGAGUUCAUUUUGACAAGUGUUUUGAGUUUGUGUUGCACGAUUCAAGCUACAGAUCUGGGUUUGCAGAUCCAUUCGUUGGGCAUCAAAAUUGGGUACGAAUCUAACUUGCCUGUUACGAAUUCUCUCAUGUAUUUGUACUUAAAAAGUGGAUGGUUUAGUGAAGCAAAGAAGUUGUUUGAUGGAUUGGAAAAGGUAAGUUUAGUGACAUGGAAUGCAAUGAUUUCAGGCUAUGCCCAGAUGAUGGAUGUUGCUGAAAAUAGCCUUGUGGCAUCCAGAAAUGGAUCUGAGGCACUUAACAUCUUCUUGAGAUUACAAAGAUCAGGUUUGAAGCCUGAUCUUUUCACCAUUUCUAGUGUUUUAACAGUUUGUAGCAAUCUUCUGGCUCUAGAACAAGGAGAACAAAUUCAUGCUCAGACCAUAAAAACUGGUUUUUUAUCAGAAGUUGUCGUUGGAACAGCUCUAGUCAACAUGUACAACAAAUGUGGAAGCAUCAAGAAGGCAAGCAAAGCUUUUGUUGAAAUGCCUUCGAGAACUUUGAUUUCUUGGACUUCCAUGAUAACAGCCUUUGCUCAACACGGGCUUUCUCAAAAUGCGUUGGUUCUUUUUGAUGACAUGAGAUUAGCAGGUGAUCGGCCAAAUAAGGUAACGUUUGUUGGCGUUCUUGCAGCCUGUAGUCAUGCUGGAAUGGUGGAUGAGGCUUUAACCUAUUUCGAUAUGAUGAAAAACGACUUCAAAAUUAAUCCCAUUAUGGACCAUUAUGGAUGCAUAAUUGAUAUGUUUGUGAGAUUAGGUAGAUUAGAAGAAGCUUUCGACUUCAUCAAGAAGAUGGAAUUCGAACCAAAUGAGUUUAUUUGGUCUCUACUAGUUGCAGGCUGCAGAAGUCAUGGGAAUCUAGAGUUGGGUUUUUAUGCUGCUGAACAAUUACUCAAUCUCAAACCUAAAGACCCUGAGAUAUAUGCCAUGCUUUUGAACAUGUACAUCUCAGCAGAAAGAUGGAAGGAUGCAUCAAGAUUGAGGAAAGCCAUGAAAGAUGAAAAACUCAUGAAGUUGAAAGAUUGGAGCUGGAUUAGUAUUAAAGACAAGGUAUAUUCCUUCAAACCAGAUGAUAAAUCAUGCACCCAUCAUCAACAAGUUGAUAUUCUACUAAGGGAUUUGCUAGAAAAAUCAAGAAAUCUUGAAAAAAACUCUGAAACUGAAGAAAUGGAGGAUAAAGAAACAAGGGUUCAUCACAGUGAAAAGUUUGCUGUGGUGUUUGGUUUGUUGAAGAUACAAAAACCAGCAGCGAUUCGUGUUGUGAAGAGUAUGAUUAUGUGCAGGGACUGUCAUAAUUUUGUUAAGUUUGUUUCGGUGUUAAGUGAGAGGGAAAUCAUGGUAAGAGACAGUAAACGACUCCAUAGAUUUGUUGACGGCAAGUGUUCGUGUGGGGAUUUUGGUAGUCUUUUGUGAUUCAUUCUCAGAGUUCGACUUUUGGGAAGCCCAAAAGAGUCGUUUCGCACGAAGGUCGAUUGGCUUGUGUUUGUCGUUUUCGACUUAUACUUUGAAUCGUUAUAAGAUGAAGGAUGGGUGUGUGAAAUACACAAUACACAAGGGUUAGAAUUUGCAUGCUUGUUUAGUUCAACUUUAUGACUACAUUUAUGAAGUUUGGUUGAGUUAGAAAAAAAGAU